GCCCGGCGGCCUUCGGAGGCGGCCUCCCGCCCGGCAUGCCCUUCGGCGGCGCGCUCCGGUUCGGAGGGGCGUGGCGGGGCGUGCUCGGCUGCCUCUCCUCCGAGGCGAUGGACAACCCCUCCCUCUCCGACGGAGACAAGGUGCUGCUCCCGCCCUCGACGCUGCAAGAGAUCAUGGCCCGCGUCGGGGAGGGAGGCAUGCCCCACCCGAUGCUCUUCAAGCUCGAGUGGGGCGGCGCGGCCCGCCACGUCGGCGUCCUCGAGUUCUCCGCGCCCGAGGGCUCGGUCGUGGUGCCGCUCUGGAUCAUGCGUGCGCUCGGCGCGAGUGACGGCGACCAGCUGCAGCUCUCUUCGGCGGAGCUGCCGCGCGGCACUUUCGCCAAGCUCCAGCCGCUCGACGACAACUUCGUCGCGCUGUGCGGACACGACGCCAAGGGAUCGCCCGAGCGGCCCCUCCCCGCCUCGCGCGCCACUCUCUCCCUCGGCGACUCCGUGAUGCUGCACACCGGGGCGGCGCAUGCGGGUAGGGGCGUUGGGGGGUGGCGCAUGAGUGAGCAGGUCUGCGUCAUCGAGACGGAGCUCGAGGUCGACUUCGCCGCGUCAGUCAUCAACGAGGAGGAGCAAAAGGCGGCGGCCGAGGCGGCCGCAAAGGCGGCGGCUGAAGCCGAGGCGGCUGCGGCCGCCGCCGCCGCCGCCGCCGCCGCGCAGGCGGAGGCGGAGGCGCACGCUCGCCGGGCGGCCGAGGCGGCCGAGGCGGCGGAGGCUCUCCCUGCCGAGCCCGCACCUGGGCCAGACGCGACGACGGUGCUCGCGCGGCUGCCAGACGGGAAGCGGCUGAGCCGCCGCUUCCCGAAGCAGGCGCCCCUCAGCCACGUGCGGACUUGGGUCACCGCCGCUUCGCCGGAAGCGGCGGCCGCGUGCCCCGCCGGGCUCGAGCUCGUCUCGAACUACCCGCGGCUGGUCGUGGGCGAGGCAGACGCACCGCUGUCGCUGCUCGAGGCGGGUCUCCACCCGCAGGCAACCUUCUUUGUCCGCGAGGCGGCCAGCCCGGAGGCCGCGUGACGCAUCGAGAGGCGGACGGCGCGGCGUCGGGCCGCAUCGGCCGCUCGAGACUCGCCACGCCGUCCUGCAUGCCGGACACGUUCUUUUCACAGGCAAGUCCCGAUUCGUGGGUUUGUGCGGCUUUUGAGAGGGAGGGCGAGACCGUGUGAGCGCGUGCGCGAGCGGACUUUGCGCGGGCGGCCUGCCGGUCUCUUGUCUCUUGAGCGCUCUGGUCUGCCUCGCCGCCGGUCUCUCGCACUCGCUCACUCGCUCUCGCGACUCGCCGUCUCGAGCCUUUGUGUUCUCUCUCCUCUUCUUGUUUGGUCGUGUACAAGAAAGUACUCGCUUUUGCGGACGGCGAGGUGAUUGUGGAUCCCCACUCGGCCACACUGGCUGAGUCUCGCCGCUCGUCGGGUCGCCCCCCACGCAGCGGCCCCCUGGCCCACGCAGCGCCCAGGGCAGGAACUAGCGCGCGUUGAUAGAUAAAUGCGUCGCGCUCCUGGAGCUGCGGCGGCUAGUCCGGGCGGUAGCCUGCCUGGGCGAUGGAGGAGCGCGGCGUCAUGUCGAGGACCCGCUUGCCGCGGUUGUUCGCGACGUCGCGCGCGGACACCAUCCGCUGAAGCGCGUUGAAGAUGCAGCGCGUCUGGUUGAUCUUGUUCUUGGAGCCGUGCACCUUGACGGAGACGUCGGUGAUGCCGAAGGCGUUGAGGAUCUUCCACAUGAGCCACGAGCAGCGCGUGCCUAAUUAAUUCAUCACAUCAUUAAGGACCUAAUUAAGUGAUUAAUCACCACAUGAGCCACGAGCAGCGCGUGCCCGACCCCGCCCGCCGCAUCAGGACGACGCACUUGGUCCUUGCCCACGUGUCCUCCAUGUCGUGGAAGAUGGUGCGGCCGUCGAAGCGGUCCACGUGCAGCAGCUGCUUGCGCGCCGCCUUGCACGCCUUGACCAGCGCCUCCGUCGCCUCCUCGUCCUUGCCGAGGCCGAAGCCCGCGCUGCCGGCUCCAUUCCCAACCACUGCGAGCACAGAGAUGGAGCGCUUCUUGCCCCCGCUCGUCACCUUUGACACGGCCCUCGUGUGCAAGACGUGCGCGAAGAAGCCGCCGGGAGGGAGGGCGCCCGCCUCGCGCAGCCGGACCGAGUCGAGGAAGGAGGAGACCAUCGACAGGUCCCCCGACCCGCCGUCGUCGUCCAGACCAAGCUCGUCCAGGUCCAACGCCUCCCUCCGCCCCUCGGAGCCGGGAGGCGGGUACCGCGCCGGCGCGGCCAGUGCGGCGGGGCCGAGCUCGUCGAGCAGGCCAAGGAGCUCGGCGCGUCGUCGAGCGGAGACGGCGUCGUCGCUCAGCAGCGCCUCACGCACCGCCUCGAGCUCCUCGGCCGCCUGGCCCCGCCCGCCGUCGCGCCCCUCACCACCGAUUGCCUCGCCCACCGACUCGAGCGAGUCGUCCAGAAGGAACUCGAGGUCGUCGUAGUCGUCGCGAGGGUCCUGCGCAGCCGCCUGCGCCACCGAUCGGAGGGGCGAUCUCCGCCGUUCGGACCGUUUGUCGCCCUCAAACGCCACCUCCUGCGCAAACUCCUGCUGCGUCGCCGCGUUCCACUUGCUCCAGAACCCCCCACGCCGGUCGCCCUUGCCCGCCCCGGACGGCCCGGCCAUGCCGCGCGUCGGCGCGCUGGCGACGAGCGCGCGAGCACGCGCCAGUCGGCUCGC